AUGUCGAGUCAGCCCGCCUCACAGGGCGCUGCCAAACCUCAGUCGGCGGAGACAGCACAGUCAGAAAAAGCCCAGAACCUUUCUGCACCUCUGGAAGAAGAUGACGAGUUUGAAGACUUCCCGGUAGAAGAUUGGCCCCAAGAAGAGGCAGAAGCUCCGAGCGGAGGGUCUGGCAACGACCAUCUAUGGGAAGAAAGCUGGGAUGACGAUGAUGCGAGUGAGGACUUCUCUAAACAACUAGCGUGGAAGCUGCCAAGCGAUGACUUGGCUGUCGUGAAAGAAUGGACUCUCAUCUGUGCUGCUACCAGCUUUCUUCUUGUUUCCUCAUCAGCCUCCUGGGUUUUCUUUAGCGGAGUUUAG